UCAAAUUUUCUACCAUAGCGAUUCGAGCUCUGUCGUCUAUUCCGAAGAUGUCAUCUCCGAGGAAGAUCAUUUUAAAGAGCUCUGACGGCAAGACUUUCGAGGUGGAUGAGGUGGUGGCGGUCAUGUCCCAGACGAUCAAGCACAUGAUCGAGGAUGGCUGCGCUGAAAAUGCGAUCCCCCUCCCCAACGUCAGCAGCAAGGUCCUCGCCAAGGUGAUUGAGUACAGCAAGAAGCACGUUGAGGCCAGCAGCAGCUCCGAGGACGUGCUCAAGGCUUGGGACGCCAACUUUGUCCAAGUUGAUCAGGAGACCCUCUUCGAUCUCACCAUGGCUGCAAACUAUCUGAGCAUCCAGAGUCUGCUGGACCUAACAUGCCAAACCGUGGCAGACAUGAUCAAGGGCAAGAGUACAGAAGAGAUCCGCAGGAUCUUCAACAUUAAGAACGACUACUCGGCCGAGGAGGAGGCAGAGAUUCGGCGAGAGAACCAGUGGGCCUUCGAUGAUGAACAGUCUUCUGAUGAGAUUAUUUGAUCUUUUACCACUUAGAUUACACCAGAAUAGGUCAUUAUACAAUUUUGAUAUUACUUUUUUUCCGCGUGUAAAAACUCUUGAUUGGUCCAACGAGGAAGGAUCAGUAAGGUUCCUUUAUGAUGCAAACUCACGAUCCAUUAAGCAUGUAUUACUUCUUGGCUCAUUCAUUAAUUUGCUAGAAGUAUACUUAUGCCUUUUUAUCCAUGGCGAGUUGGGAGUAUCACCGAUGAAUUUGUUGAUCUG